GUGAUCGGAGGUGCGUAGCUUGCGCAAUGUCGUUAGCCAUGGAAGUCGAGGCCAUCGGCCAAGAAACCUUCGGUGCAAUCACGAUGAUCGAGGACGGCGACGAUGACGAGGUGCUCACCAGCGACGACGGGGGCAGCGACAGUCACGGAGAGAUGAUCGUCACCGACGACGACGAGCUGUUCGAGCUCGACAUCACCUUCCUCCGCGGCGACAACGAGGACGGCCAAGGCCGACACGAUACGCACAGCGCUGGUGAUGGCGCCCAUGCCCUGAUGGCCAACUGCCUGCUGCCAGUGAGCUCGGUCAGCAUGGCGGUGCCGGUCACGGGCAGCAACAUUGUCUCAUCCUACUAUGCCUUCUCCACGUACAGCAGCUCGAGGAAGUCCGGCAUCAGCGGCGGUGGCAGGAGGAGACUUGGGCGCGCAGCUGCUGACGGCCGCAACUCCACUUGGGCGAGGUUUCGCCUCUCGAGCAGGGGAUUCGCAACCAUGGGGAAUUUUCAGAGAUAGCAGCUCCGUGUAUGCGCGAAGGAAAGAUUUCAGAAACGUGAUUGUAAAACCGAGGGCACCAUUGGAACCAGGACAAGACUCACAGGAAACUGGGAACUUGUGGGUCAGCUCAUGGAGGGAGGGCUUUUCUUGAAGAGGUGAAGAUGAACCCUUAACUGGAGGAUGAAGUUCAUGUGAUCACAUUCCUUCUGUAAUGCUAGGGUUGGUGAAUUUAGUUGCUUUGUAAUAACUCUGAGAUGUUUUCAACGAUGACUUUCCUGAAUUUAGUAUUUUACUUUGCCGAAUGUUUUGAACGUGGGACAAA